GUCUCUCCCUGGUGACCAACGCGGACGACAGGUAACAGGCCAUGGAGCAGAGAGUGGUGCUGAUCACAGGAUGCUCCUCCGGGAUCGGCCUCAGUCUGGCCGUUCACCUGGCCUCCGACCCCGCCAAAAGUUACAAAGUCUAUGCUAGCAUGCGGAACCUGGCUAAGAAGGAGCGUCUCCUAGAGUCCGUGAAAGGUUUCCACAAGGACACACUGGACAUUAUCCAAAUGGACAUCACUGACCUGCAGUCUAUCCAAGACGCCAAGGAGAAGAUCACAGAGAACAGAGUGGACAUCUUAGUGUGCAAUGCCGCGGUGGGACUGAUGGGUCCACUGGAGACCCUGUCCCAGGACACCAUGAGGCAGACCCUGGACGUGAACCUGCUGGGCACCAUCCGCACCAUCCAGACCUUCCUGCCUGGGAUGAAGGCCCGGCGCAGCGGGCGUGUCCUGGUGACGGGCAGCAUCGGAGGACUGCAGGGUCUGCCAUUUAAUGAGGUGUACUGUGCCAGCAAAUUUGCAGUGGAGGGAGUGUGUGAGAGUUUAGCCAUUCUACUGCAGCACUUUAACAUCCACGUCAGCCUGAUCGAGUCUGGGCCCGUGAACACCCACUUCCUGUCCAACCUGGGGCGGUCCAGGCCCGGGGAAGCCGCGCUCCUGCAGCUGGACCCGCUGACGCGCGACCUCUACGACACCUACCUGGAGCACUGCUCCGCCGUGUUCCACAGCGCAGCACAGGACACCCAGGACAUCGUGCAGGUGUUCCUGGAAGCUAUAAAGUCCCCGAGCCCGUCCCUGCGCUACUAUGCCAACAGCGCCCUGCUCCCUAUCACCUCCCUCAAACUGGCCAUGCAUGAUGGCUCCCAGUACAUCAAGGCCAUGAGCAAGCUCAUCUUCUCCAGCUCCAGCCUCGAGGAUGCUUAGACACAGCCAGAACACACGAC